CCGACAUCGUCGUCAUCUUGUCUGCCAAUUGCCCGCUCAAGCCACCAGAACAGCGGCCAGACCGAAGAGAACAAAGAGCAUGGCUGACGAAACACGAGAACGGCGUCCGAACCCGCGCGGCUGGCGGCCGCCGGUCGCGCCAUACGAUCCCUACGAUCCGACCGACCAGCGGCCGGCGGAGGGCUAUCCCUCAGAAUACAACGAGCCGAUCGCGAAGAAUUGGCGGGUGCAGGCGGGCGAGAAUCCGAAUUACAGAAUGUUUAUUAACCGGAUGCGGAUGAAUGCGUUUCCGGGAAGUGCGCCGCCUAGCGAUCUGUAUUAUGGGCGGUUGAAAGUACUGAGGAAGUCGAGGAAAGGAAGUGGGUUUCUGAGCGGGACGCAUUAUGCUAGUUUGCUUCUGUGUGGUGGUAUCAUUUUCUUUGGCACGUUCUUCUAUCGCUGGAACGAUGGAUACAGUAAUGUCUUCACCGGACCCUAUCGCCUCCAACUCCGAGUACGAAAAGCCCUCGGCUUCCGCCUUUCGAAAGAACAAGAAGAAGAUCUCCUUCACGUCCGUCACCGCGGCCAGACCGACCGCGUCAUCGAUCCUGUGACCGUCAACACCUCAGACCUCAACAACUCAGACUGGGCGCUCGAGCGGCCGCGUCGGUCUCAUCUUUUGGAAGCUGAGCGGAUUAGAUUGGAGAACGAGGAGCGCGCGUUGGCGACCGCGCUGCGGAUUACCGGCGAGGCGGGACAGAGCACGGGGUUGGGUCAGAGUGAGGGGGUGCCGCAGCAGCAGCAGCAGGGUGGGAAGAGCUGGUACCAGUUUUGGAAGAAGUAGGGUGUACAUAGACGGAGGUAUAUGGUGGUUUGUGUAUAUAGAGUUGGUAUAUUGUAUUAUACGCGGCAAUGGCAUCAUUUCGAAUUAAAUCUCUCUGCA